UUCAGUUAUAUAGCACCUGCAGUCGAGGGUAUACCACAGAGGCGGUCGUCUGUCCAUUGCGUUGAUCUGAACCAUUUGAACAACUGAAAGUCCAUUUCCCAGUUAUAUCUCUGAAGGUGUCACAUUACUACCGCCUGACUGUCCAGUAUGAUGAUUACAAAAGUGUUGGUGCUGAUGAUGGUCAUGGGAUUGAGUGGAGGCGUGCCAGUUGAUAAGAAUAUUUCAUCGAAUACAAUCAUCGGCAUUGGCGUUCGCGUCGAUAGUGAUCUGGACUUAGACGAAUAUCAUCAGAACCGUUUCUUCUUUAUCCCUUUUUUCAACAUCGGAUGUGGACCCAUGAAGAGGAUCACCUUGGUCCCAGGCGGCAACACCAUUGUGAAAUCUCCUCGCUACCUUCUUUAUUUUUCCACUAGAACGAGGUGCCAAUGGGAGAUCUCCUGUGCUCCUAGAAACACGACUUACCUGAAAUUUGAUUGUCCAACUUUCUCCCUGGAACCUUCAGAGAAUUGUGUCAACGAUCGUUUAAUAGUAACAUACAAAGGCAACAGGACGUUGUACUGCGGGGACGCCACUCCUGAUGGCACCAUCACCUUUGACGGCUGGACAAGACUCACCUUCUUCAAUAGUGGAAACAGAGUUAACAAAGGCUUUAACUGUAAUAUCCAGUGCACCAGUUUUGCUAAGCGUAUAUCCACCUAGCCUACCAGUCACUACUACCACGGCUACCACCUCCACCACCACGACCACCACCAC